GGGACAAAAGGGGCAGGGAACCUUCCAGAGCCUGGUGCUGCUGUGGGGAAACAGCUCUGCCUCUGCUUGGGAGGUGGACGAGCCCCUGGGGAACUGUAUAGAAAAAUAAUUUGGAAAAGGAGUCAGUGCAGAGUUCUGGGGACUCACUGUUGAUGGGGCAGAGAGGUGGUUGUGAAUGAGGAGCUGCCUUGGGAUUCUCUGUGGCAGGUGGCUCCGGGGCGCGCUGAGGCUCCGCGCGGCGGCUCCGCGGGCCGGCCCUGCGCUCGCCGUCGCUCCCUGGUGCAUCGGGUGGAUCGCCACGAGCCGCAAAGCUGCUGUCCACGUGGACUGGUGCUGACAUCUCCCGCCCCGCCGCCGCCAGAGCCUCGCCUGCCAAGCCCAGAGACAUGGCCACCAACGGCACCAAAGUGGCGGACGGACAGAUCUCCACCGAGGUCGACGCCUCCAUCACCAACGACAAGCCCAAAACCUUGGUAGUAAAAGUGCAGAAGAAGAAGACGGACCUUCCAGACCGAGACACUUGGAAAGGGAAAUUUGACUUUCUUAUGUCCUGUGUAGGUUAUGCCAUUGGCUUAGGGAAUGUGUGGAGAUUUCCCUACCUGUGCGGCAAGAAUGGUGGAGGUGCAUUCCUGAUUCCCUAUUUCCUUACUUUAAUUUUUGCUGGAGUGCCACUGUUCCUUUUGGAGUGCUCCCUUGGUCAGUACACAUCUAUAGGAGGCCUUGGAGUGUGGAAGCUUGCUCCAAUGUUCAAAGGUGUGGGGCUGGCUGCUGCAGUCCUGUCCUUUUGGCUAAAUAUUUACUACAUUGUGAUUAUUUCCUGGGCCAUAUACUACCUGUAUAAUUCCUUUACCACUACCCUUCCUUGGAAACACUGUGAGAACCCCUGGAACACCGACCGCUGCUUCUCCAACUACACCCUAGCGAACACCACCAACAUGACAAGUGCCGUGGUGGAGUUCUGGGAACGCAACAUGCACCAAAUGACCGACGGCUUGGAAAAGCCCGGGCAAAUCCGAUGGCCCCUGGCAAUCACCCUGGCAAUUGCCUGGAUCCUGGUGUAUUUUUGUAUCUGGAAGGGGGUAGGCUGGACUGGAAAGGUGGUGUAUUUCUCUGCUACUUAUCCCUAUGUUAUGCUGCUUAUCUUGUUCUUCCGUGGUGUAACACUGCCUGGAGCAAAGGAAGGCAUUUUAUUCUAUAUAACUCCCAACUUCAGCAAGCUUUCAGACUCUGAGGUUUGGCUUGAUGCUGCCACACAGAUUUUCUUCUCCUACGGUUUGGGCCUUGGUUCACUGAUUGCCCUUGGAAGUUACAACCCUUUCCACAAUAAUGUUUACAGGGACUCCAUCAUAGUGUGCUGCAUAAACUCAUGCACGAGCAUGUUUGCUGGCUUUGUCAUCUUCUCCAUUGUGGGAUUCAUGGCCAAUGUCACAAAGAGGCCAAUUGCAGAUGUGGCAGCAUCAGGCCCUGGACUGGCGUUUCUGGCUUACCCAGAGGCAGUGACACAGCUGCCCAUCUCCCCUCUCUGGGCAAUCCUCUUCUUCUCCAUGCUGCUCAUGCUGGGCAUUGACAGUCAGUUCUGCACCGUGGAAGGGUUCAUCACUGCCCUGGUGGACGAGUUCCCCAAGCUGCUGCGCAACCGCCGCGAGCUGUUCAUCGCCGUGGUGUGCAUCGUGUCCUACGUGAUAGGGCUGUCCAACAUCACUCAGGGUGGAAUUUACGUGUUUAAGCUUUUUGAUUACUACUCUGCCAGUGGAAUGAGUCUCUUGUUCCUUGUAUUCUUUGAGUGCAUCUCGAUAUCCUGGUGCUAUGGUGUUAAUAGAUUUUAUGACAACAUCCAAGAGAUGGUGGGAUACAGACCCUGCAUCUGGUGGAAACUCUGCUGGUCCUUUUUCACUCCUAUCAUUGUGGCAGGAGUGUUCAUCUUCAGUGCUGUGCAGAUGACCCCCCUGACCAUGGGCAGCUACGUGUUCCCAAAAUGGGGCCAGGGGGUGGGCUGGUUCAUGGCCCUGUCCUCUAUGGUGCUGAUUCCUGGCUACAUGGCAUACAUGUUCCUCACCCUGAAAGGAUCCCUAAAACAGCGCAUCCAAGUGAUGAUUCAGCCAAGUGAAGACAUCACCCACCCUGAGAACGGGCCAGACCAGGCCCAACAGAGCAACUCUGCCAACAAAGAAGCCUACAUCUAAACUCCUCUCUCGCCCAAGUACCGCUCCUCCUCCAGAAAAACAAAAAAUAUGGUUGAAUAUGACCACAAAUUCACAUCUGAGAAUAUAAUUACCUACCUCUAGUGGCAAAAAAAAAAAAAAAAAAAAAUACAUAUUAAAAAAAAAAGAGGAAAAAAAAGCAACAAGGUCAUCUCCACUCCGAGGGAAUCGCCAUGGGUUCGAUCCAGCCGUCACGAGCUCAGAUGUUUGACAGUGUUUUUGUGUUCUCCAGCAAUCCACAGACUGUUAAUGUUUUUAUCCUUUCACAAUGAUAGUUGCAUAUCUUGGAAUUUGUAAAUUGAUGUGCCAAGACCUUUUUAAUCUACCUUUUAGCACGACUAUUUGAAGUUUUGUGCUGCUGAUUUUUAGUAGUUGAUCACUAUUUCUUACAGCUGAAUCCCAAGACUGUUAUUUCUGACUUUGCAGGGGUAAAGUUAAGUUUGGAGUUGUUUUGUACAAAAAGAGAACGGAGUAUUUUGUAAACAAGUGAUUUCCAGUGCAAAAGUCUGCCCUCGAAAUUUGUUCCAGCUGAGGCCAUUUGAGGGGGGAAGAGACUCUUCCUUCAAUUAACAGCAGGCACAGCCUUUAUAAACAUUCCUAGUGCAAAAAUUGAGUUGUUUGUGGCAGAGCAGCCCAGGCCAAACAUGCUGGCUCUGCUCAGCCUUUCAGGGUGACUUUCAAACAAGGUCAUAAAUUUCCUUAAAAGCACAUAUCUUGCUUCUUAUAAAAAGAAGAUAUCUGCGUUAGAAUCAAUGUUAGAGGCAUAAAUACGACUUUUAACUUUUUUAGUAAAGCAAUAGCCGAGAGCUCUUAGAGAUUCCCAGGAGUAAAAUACAAAGUAUUUGCCAUUCAAGCUCAGACUCCCUGAGCUUUUAUCAUGCUGUUAUCACUCUACUAUUGCAUUGCCACCGAAAUAGAAACCAAACCAAGAUCAAAGUGAGUUCCAACGUAGGGCUUGAUUGAACCUGCCCGAGAACUCCCCAUACCCC